UGGGACGUUUGUCUCAGUCUGAGUUCGCAGCCAAGCAAGGCGGAUGCUGGAGCUUAACGAGCUAAUUGCACAAUAAAUCCAAGUAUAGAGUACCAUGCUAUCUUCUUCACACUUGCUCAUCUGCCUAAUCUGGUGGCCGCAAUUGUUAUUUGUUGUGCAAGGUGAUGACAUGAUUGAGGUUUUCAAGUGGAAGCAGAUGGACUUUUACAAUCGCGGAGAUGGUCGCCCGUCGCCUGUUCAGGGUAAUCAAGGCCACCAGGGCAUGCGCAGACCCGACAGGCCACUGAUUUCAGCUCCGGUUGUGUUCCCAGGAAAGGCUUCGCGUCAGAAACGUGAAAGUUUGACCUCCCGCGAUAGCCCCCUGGGGCUUAGCUCGCGCAUUGCAAGCAACGAUAACACUGAUGCUCCGUACAUCCCCUACAAUAACGUGCCAAUGGGCGCAACCCAUUAUCGUGGGCGCCUCUUCGUCACAAUGCCCAGGCGACGUGUGGGCAUCCCGUCGACCUUGAACUACAUCGACUUGUCGCGCGACGGCAGGGAAAGCAGCCCCAAGCUGCACGCCUAUCCGAAUUUCGCGCUAAACCAGUUUAAUGAGAGUUCGCAGAAUCUGGUCUCCGUGUAUCGGACCACAGUAGAUGCCUGCCAGCGGCUAUGGUUCAUUGACACCGGCAUGCUGGAGUAUCCAAAUAACCGGCAGCAAAUCCGGCGCCCCAGCAUAUGGAUUGUCGACCUCAGCACUGAUCGGGUUAUCAAACGCUUUGAGAUUCCCGAGAGCCUUGUGGAGACUGGCCGGGGUUUGGCCAGUCUUACCAUCGAUGUGGAGCCCAACAAGUGUGGCGAUGCUUUUGCCUAUAUUCCGGAUCUGGUCUAUCGGCGCCUGUACGUGUACCAUUUGUCGGACGAUCGGAUCUGGGCCUUCGAGCACAACUACUUCAACUUUGAUCCUCUGGCUGGCGACCUGAACAUUGGCGGUCAGGUGUUCCGCUGGGACGAUGGCAUCUUCUCCACCACAUUGGGGCCGCGGCAGCCGGACGGUAGUUGCGACGUCUACUUCCAUCCCAUGGCCAGCACAAACGAGUUUGUGGUGUCCAGUCGGGUGCUGCAACAGGAGUCGAAUGCUGCACGCUCCGAUCAAGGCACUGAUUUCCGGGUGCUGGGCAGUCGCGGUCCUUCCACCCAGUCGACAAUGCACGACUACGAUCCGCGCACUGGUGUAAUCUUCUUCGCAGAAAUACAGCGGAACGGAAUCGGUUGCUGGAAGACCAGCGAACCCUUCUCGGUGGAGAACCAUGGCACUGUCGACUCGAAUGCCAGCGAUAUGAUUUAUCCCAGCGAUUUGACGAUCGAUGACGAGGGCACCCUUUGGGUGAUGUCCAACUCCAUGCCCAUCUUUAUAUACUCCACGCUGGAUACGGAUGUCUACAAUUUCCGGAUCUGGAAGCAGAAAACCACGAAGGCAAAACGCGGCACGGUCUGUGAGUGAUUUGAUUUACAUAUGGUGGAAUUGCUUUAAUGAUGUUUGUAAUGGAAAUUACCCAAUCCACUGGAAACUUAUAUGUAUAUAAUAUAAUAUAUAUAU